UCACUCUUUCUUUGUUCCUGUUCGCCGUGCGUUUGUGUGUGUGUGUCCCCCUCUCCAGACAUGACGGGUCAGGUCCUGGGGAAACCGGUCGGCGGGGCUCACAUGGAUGACAACGCCGCCAUCCGCAUCAACGUGGGCGGCUUCAAAAAGCGUCUCCAGUCCGACACUCUCUCCCGGUUCCCUGAGACGAGGCUUGCGCGUUUACUCCACUGUCAGUCCAAAGAGUCCAUACUGGAGCUGUGCGACGACUACGACGACACAGAGAAAGAGUUUUACUUCGACAGGAACCCCGCGCUCUUCCCCUACGUGUUGAAUUUCUACAACACGGGGCGGCUGCACGUCAUGGCCGAGCUGUGCAUCUUCUCCUUCAGCCAGGAGAUUGAGUACUGGGGCAUCAACGAGUUCUUCAUCGACUCCUGCUGCAGCAGUGCCUACCACUGUAGGAAAAUGGACCAGGACCGAGAGGACUGGGAUGAAAGGAGCGACGAAGGGAGCACCACUUCAUCUUUUGACGAGCUCUUGGAGUUUUACAGCGACGCCACCAAGUUUGACAAGCAGCUGCUCGGGAGCGCACGGAGGCGCGUCUGGUUAAUGCUGGAUAACCCCGGCUACUCCGUGGCCAGCCGCAUCAUCAGCAUCCUCUCCAUCCUGGUGGUGCUUGGCUCCAUCGCCACAAUGUGCAUGAACAGCAUGAGUGAGUUCAGCCUGUUGGACAGUGAGGGCCAACCUACAGAGGACCCCCGUUUCGAGACUGUGGAGCACUUUGGCAUCGGCUGGUUCACUCUGGAGCUGGUCGCCAGGUUCGUGGUGGCGCCGGAUCUUCUGCACUUCUUCGAGCACCCCUUAAACCUGAUAGACCUGGUGUCCAUACUUCCGUUUUACCUGACACUCCUCAUAAACCUGGUGGUGGAGAGCAGCCCGGCGCUGGCCAACCUGGGACGCGUUGCGCAAGUGCUGAGGCUGAUGAGGAUUUUCCGCAUCCUGAAACUGGCCCGUCACUCUACGGGGCUGCGCUCCCUGGGGGCCACCCUCAGGAACAGCUACAAAGAAGUGGGCCUGCUGCUUCUCUACCUGGCCGUCGGGGUGUCGUUUUUCUCCGUCAUGGCCUACACGGUGGAGAAAGAGGACAGCGAGGAUCUCUCCACCAUCCCGGCGUGCUGGUGGUGGGCCACCGUCAGCAUGACCACCGUCGGGUACGGAGAUGUGGUGCCGGUGUCCAUAGCGGGCAAGCUGACCGCCUCGGCGUGCAUCCUGGCCGGGAUCUUAGUAGUUGUGCUUCCGAUUACGCUCAUUUUCAAUAAAUUCUCUCUCUUCUACAAGAGACAAAAACAGCUGGAAAUCGCCAUGAGAAGCUGUGAUUUCGACGAGGGGAUAAAGGAGGUGCCCUCGGUCAACCUGAGGAACUAUUACGCACACAAAGUCAAAUCCCUCAUGGCGAGCUUGUCAAACAUGAGCCGGAGUUCACCCAGUGAACACAGUCUGAAUGAAUCAAUACACUGAAACAGUUUUAGCGAGGUCGGGUUGGGUGACACUGUUCAUCCAACGUGGCUGCAUGAGGAGCUGUCCAGAGUGCUGAAACCUCUGGGUGAAAAAGCCCACUUCCUUCCACUGGUGUCUGACCGUUUGCCUCUCUGUAGCUCAGUGCAAUAAUGUGUUAAUCUAUAUGUGUCAGUCACAAUAAGAAGCAAAUGUACAGGACAGCCUGAAUAUGAUAUUUCACUGUGCAUUAGUAUGGCCCUUCACCAAAUAGGCCAACAUGUGGCCACAUAAGAUUAAAAAGAGAGAAUGCUGUAGUUGUUUACAGUCCUAGGUGGUGUCACACUGUAGUCCACCCUCCAGCUAUACUUGUUGUGGUCAAAUAUGUCCGAAAGUAACUCCAGCUGUAUCUCUUUUGAAGAAUGUUGAUGUGUAAUUGUUAUGUUGCAACAAGAUUACUUCAGAUGUGUGGUUAAAGCAAACUGUAUUAAACUAAAACAACAACAAAAAA